CUCUAUAUAUAAAGACCCCCGUAUAACAUCUUUGUCUCUCUAGGGUUUUUGUUUCUCUCAUUGCUGUGAGUGUGAGAACCCAGCAGCAGCCACGUGCUCUCUCUCUGCAUCCGUAGCUCUUUCAGAAUGGAUAGUCAAAUUAAGCAUGCUGUGGUGGUGAAAAUUAUGGGAAGGACUGGAUCUCGAGGACAGGUUACUCAGGUUAGAGUCAAGUUUAUUGAUGACCAGAACCGUUUCAUAAUGAGGAACGUCAAGGGACCAGUUAGAGAAGGUGACAUUCUUACAUUGCUUGAGUCUGAGAGAGAAGCUAGGAGACUCCGUUAAUGGGCAUCAUACUGUUUUGGUACAAGAUUCUCAUCCUAGUUUUGCUGGUAGUCAAUCAGGACUGUUUUGUUCUGUACUAGCUAGCGAGUGCUCAUUGUUUUUGCUUACAGUUUGAUUAUCAAGACUGGGAUUCCAGAUUUAUGAGUCAUAUGUAAGAAUGCUUUGAAUGUCUUAAGUUCAGUUCAAACCUGCAAGUCUUGUUAAAAUUAAGUUUUCUGCAACUUAUAAUC